GCGGGGAAUGACAGCUAUACAUCAAGAAAGAAGAUUGCAACUAGCAAUCUUAAGAAACAGAUCUGCUUCCCUGCGUACUUUAGUUGUGAAUUGUGUUUUAUAUUGUCAACUCCUAACCGGAAUAUGUGCUUGAGCAUGCACUAGAAGCCAUGAUAUUUUAGAGUGGCGCAUGGUGUGAAGGAGAAGGUUACCUGACAAAACGCCUUCUACAGUGUAUGUUCUUCACUUGGAGAUAACUCUGAAGCAAAAGAAGCCUUAAACUACCAACAUUAUCCCAAUGGCUGACAACAACUUUCCUCCUCUGCCUAGCUUUAUUCCUCUGAAGCCAUGCUUCUACCAGGACUUUGAGGAGAUACCUGACCAGCACCGAACCACGUGCAAGAGGCUAUACUACUUGUGGAUCUUGUAUGGUGUCACCCUGCUGGUGAAUUUCUUCGGCUGUAUGGCUUGGAUGUUUGGUGGUGGAGGAGUGACUAACUUUGGCAUGUCAAUCAUAUGGGUUAUUCUCUUCACCCCAUGUUCCUAUGUGUGCUGGUUCCGACCCAUUUACAAUGCCUUCAAGACUGACAGCUCAUUCUAUUUCAUGGCGUUCUUCUUUGUCUUCAUGGCACAAUUUUUCAUUUCAAUAAUUCAGGCCAUUGGCAUCCCAGGAUGGGGCGUUUGCGGCUGGUUAGGCACCAUCUCCUUCUUUAGCACGAGUAUCUUUGCUUCCAUCCUUAUGCUAAUCCCCACGAUCAUGUUCACCGCAGUCGCUGCCAUUUCAUUUAUCGCCCUAACUAAGGUUCAUAAUUUUUACCGAGGCAGUGGGGGCAGUAUGAGUAAAGCCCAGGAGGAGUGGGUGUCUGGUACCUGGAAAAACCCUCACGUUCAGCAGGCAGCUCAACAGGCAGCUCUGGGUGCCACUGCAGGGGCAAUGCAGGGCCAGCAGGCACCGCAGUACUCUACACCCACCUAUGACAAUACCAUGUAAAACAGUAUGAAAAAAUAAAUAGUGAUUACCGGUAGAUUCAGGCUAAGCUGGAAACCUCCUGUUGGUCUUAGCUGUUUGUGUUGUAGCUGAAAGAUGUUAUUAUCAGGUUACUUUUGCCUGAGAUGAGAACAAGAAAGUGAUAUUGUAAAAACCAUGUAGGAUUUUCUUUUUUAUUUAAUGCUUCUGGUUUGUUUAAUAUUGUAUGUAUAUUUUGGCUCAUUUUUAAUUUAUUUGAUAUUUAAAAAGUAGUGGAAAAGUAAUGGUGAUUUCUAUAUUGAAUAUCAUUUUUUUAGUUAUGCUCAAAUCUGAAAUAUUUUAUUGGCAAGAGCUAAAGAAAAAAAAAAGAACAAAUCCUUAUCCAAUAUCACGAACGGCUGGAAAAGUCAUAGAAAUGUAUUUGUCAAGUACCCGAACCCUGUGUAACAUAGAGAAACAGAAUGGUUGUGAAGUUUAUAAAGCUGUAUGAAUUAAUUAGACUAGUUUCAUUUUAAUUGCAAAUUUGUGUAUUAUCUGUAGAUAAUAAUUUGUUUCAUUAUAAUUUGACUUCAAAAUAACUUUAUAGUUGAAUAUAGAUGCAGCUGUCAUCUGAUCAAAUAAUAUACUGCAAAAUCAAAUUAUAUACUUCUACAAUGGUUGUAACUGUUUCUUUUUUCUUCUUUUUCUUUUUAAAGGGAUACUGUGUAAAAAUGUAAGGAAAUGUAACUUUUGUUUGUUUUCCAUUUAAAACAUUUAAAACUAAAACA